CGGCUCCCCCGCUCCCUCCCUCCCCUCCCGUCCCGUCCCGUCCCUCCCCUCCUUUGUCCCGCUCCGCCCGGGCCCCAUCCCGCUGUUCCCGGUGCUCCCCAGGCGCUCUGCGCGGCCGUCACCACCGCGGACCUGGCGGAGACGCAGGCGCUGCUGUUCUGCGGGGCCGCCGCGUCCUGCGCCACCGGGGACCCCCAGUGCCCCACGGCCCUGGCCCUGGCCCAGCGCAGCGGGCAGCGCCUGCAGAUGGAGUUCCUGCUGCACAACAGGUCCUCAGAGCCCCCUCGCCUGGAGCUGGGGGGCAGCGAGGAGAAGCCCUACUCGGUUCCGCUGCCCUCCGUCACCCACCACGGCUUCCUCUACAAGACCCCGUCCAUGGCCAAGCCCAUCGGGGAGCGCAAGGGGCCGGAAGAGUUCAGCCGGCGCUGGUGCACGCUGCAGGACGGGCUCCUCAGCUACUACGAGAGCGAGCGCAGCGCAGCACCCAACGGGGAGCUCCGGGCCCAGGAGAUGGUGUGCCUGGUGCACAACGCACCCCACACGCACGGCAUCGAGCACACCUUUGAGGUGUACAUGGAGUCGGAGAGGCUCUACCUGUUCGGGCUGGAGAGCCCCGGCUCCGCUCGGGAAUGGCUCAAGUCCAUUGCCAAGUCCUUCAUCCACCCCUGUGCCGAGGAGCUGCUGGCGCUGGACUUCGAGCGCAUCGGCCGCCUGCACUACAAGGGGGGCCUCAACCUGGAGCGCACCAAGGAGGGCUGGUUCGCCCUAAUGGGGUCCGUGCUCCACGUCUGCUUCCAGGGCGGCGAGCGGCAGGAACCCCUCCAGCUCCGCAAGCUGCAGGAGCUCUCCAUCCAGGGGGACAAUGAGGUGCUGGUGCUGGUGGAGAGGCGGAGGACGCUGUACAUCCAAGGGGACAGGAAGCUGGAUUUCCUGGGAUGGGUCCAGGCCAUCCAGAAGGCUGCGGGCAGCUCCGGGGACACGUUGUCAGAGCAGCAGCUCACCGAGUCGGAUGUCCCACUGCUGGUGGAUCGCUGCAUCGACUACAUCACCCAGUGCGGGUUGACAUCCGAAGGCAUCUACCGCAAGAGCGGGCAGAACUCCAAGACCACGAGCCUGCUGGAGAUGCUGCGCAGGGAUGCCCGCAGCGUGCGCCUCAAGGAGGGCGAGCACCACGUGGAUGAUGUGGCCAACACCCUCAAGAGGUUCUUCAGGGACCUGGGGGACGGGCUCUUCACCAGGCACUGGGGCCAGGACUGGAUGCGGGCCACUGCGCUGGAGGACGAGGAGGUGAAGAUCACCGAGUACCGGCGGCUCCUGGGCCUGCUCCCCACGGUGAACCGGGCCACGCUGAAGGCGCUCAUCAACCACCUAUUCCGGGUGCAGCGGUUCUCUGGGGAGAACCAGAUGAACACACACAACCUGGCCAUCGUCUUCGGGCCCACGCUCUUCCAGAUGGAUGGGAAGGACUACAAGGCAGGACGGGUGGUGGAGGACCUCAUCAGCCACUAUGUGAAGAUCUUCAAUGUCAAUGACCAAGAGAUGAAGAAGCAGCAGGAUGAGAUCACGGCCAUCAUGAAGAUGCGGGAGGCAGCAUCCAGCGGGACACAGCAAGCUGGGGACUUCAUCUGCACCGUGUACCUGGAGGAGAAGAAGACGGAGGCAGAGCAGCACGUGAAGAUCCCAGCCACCAUGACCGCCGAGGAGCUCACCUUCGAGAUCCUGCACAGGAGGAAGGUGGUCAUGAAGGAGAAGGACUAUUGGAGCUGCUACGAAGUGAAUGAGAGGGAGGAGGCAGAGAGGCCCCUGCACUACUCAGAGAAGGUCCUGCCCAUCCUGCACUGCCUGGGCACCGAGAGCUACCUGGUGGUGAAGAAGCAGAUGGCCAUGGAGAACAUGCUCAUCUACCUGGCCAGCAGAGGGGGUGACUGCAAGCACGGGCUGAUGAAGUUCCGGGAGGAGAGGAACCUGCUGGGGCUGGGGCUCAGCACCGGCUUCCAUGACCGGUACUUCAUCCUGAGCCACCACUGCCUGCGCCUCUAUAGGGACGUGAGGAGCCACAAGCCGGAGAAGGAAUGGCCCGUGGGGAGCCUGCGCGUGUACCUGGGCAUCAAGAAGAAGCUUCGGCCUCCAACGUGCUGGGGCUUCACAGUCUUCUAUGAGAACGAGAAGCACGAGAAGCAGCAAUGGUACCUGUGCUGUGACACCCAGGCCGAUCUCCGUGAGUGGUUCGCCACCUUCCUCCACGUGCAGCACGGGGGGGCCCUGUGGCCCUCGGAGAGCUCCAAGGUGAGGACGUCGCGGUGGCAGCAGGACUCCAGGUUGGGUAACAUCUCCCUCAUCCCGCUGCGGGGCAAUGAGAGUGAGAUGAGGAACAGUGUGGCUGCUUUUGCUGCUGACCCGCUCACUCUCCUGCACAACGUCUGAGCUGGAGGCCUG